UAUAAUUUACUUUCCAAUUGAUUGUUAUUGUUAUUGUUCAAUUGUGUUACCAUGUAUCAUGUUUAAUAAACAACAUCACAUGUUAAUGUUUCAUUCAUGUUGACUGAUUUUGUGCCUCAAUAAUAUUCAGUUAAUUCUGUGAUAAUCAUGAUAAGUUCAGUUGAAAUGAAGGUAAAAUCAGAAGGAUCAAUUACCCUGCAGAAAAUAUUGACCGAAAAAAAGUUCACUGAUUUAAUGAUUAAUCUUGGUGAUAAACAGCUGAUUGGACAUCGUUGUAUUAUAUUAACAGUUAUGCCGAUUCUCAAUCAAUUAAUAUCAUCAGAUGAUCAGAUUAAUUUAGUUGAUCAAUUUGAUUCCAAUCUAUUUGAAAUGACUUUUAAUCAUUUCUAUGGGCACCCAUUGGAUUUAAAUCGCCAGUCAAUCAGUAAAUUGUUGGAGAUUGGAAAGUUCAUCCAAUCAACUGAGAUAAUUAGCCAAUGUGAAAAUUAUCUAAUUGAAAAUCUAUUCUUUCCAUCAAACAAUUUAUUCCAAGAUCAACAAUUAGCUGGUAAGUUUAAUUUGAAAAGAUUGGAGGAGAAAUUAAUUCAAUCAAUGUGUAGUAAUUACGGUAAGAUUAUUAGAGAAUCUGAUUUUUUCGAGCUAUCAGUUGAUCAGUUGGGAAGAUUAAUUUCGAGAGACGAUUUAAUUAUUGAUUGUGAGCACUCAAUUUUCGUGUCAAUUGUUAAUUGGGUUUCCCAUGAUUCUAACAAUAGAAAAUCUCAUCUCUUUGAUCUUCUAUCUAAUCUACGUUUCCAUUUGAUUGCAAACAAUGAAAUCACUGAUCACAUGUUAACUAAUCAGCUGAUACGAAAUUGUGAUCAAUCAAUUUCAUCAGUGACAAUCAGUGAAUCGAUUUGUAAAACCAGUGACCAGUUCUGGUUAAAUAAUCCGAGCUGGUCAAUCACCAUUUUUGGUGGUAAAGGGCCAGUUAAUCCAGCUUAUUCGUAUAGAUUAAAUUUGUCGACUAAUUGUUGGAAUAAAUUAUCAUUUAAAACUCUGGGUUCCAUGAACUCAGCAGUUUUUAUCCCACCUCAUGAUUAUUAUUAUUUUCAAUGUGAUUCCAAUGGAAACGAUCAAUUGACCGAGAAAUUUUAUCACCACAAUUUAAGUAAUGGUCUGAAAAUCUCACUGGACCCUACUAAUUGGGAGAAAUAUGGUCAAUCGCUGGUCAAUCGUGAUGAUUAUCUUUAUGUAUUAGGGGGGAAAAAUUGGCUUGGACUAUUCGAUAAAUUAGUUCUAUCGUUUAAUUUGACCUCAACCACUUGGAUCUCAUUUAAGUCAAUGAAUAGUAAACGAGCCUUUCUUUCAACCGUUAAUCUGAAAGGUCGUUUAUUUGCUCUCGGUGGACAAACUGAGGCCGGUUCAGUAUUAAACUCGGUUGAAGUUAAUGAUUCAAUUCAAUCGGGUUGGAAUUUUGUAUCUCCCAUGCGAUCUAAACGCUAUGGACACUCCGCAAUCGUUUACAAGGAAAACAUUUAUGUCGUCGGUGGUUUCGAUGGUCAGUUUAUACUUGAUUCCGUUGAAGUUUACGAUUCAAAGCUUGAUAAGUGGUCAUUUCUAGAGCCGAUGAAAUGUUCACGUUAUCAGCCGUUCUUGUCGGUUGUUGGAAAUAAAUUGUAUGUCAUUGGUGGGACAAUCGAAAUGACAGAAACAAUAAUUGCAAGAACAAACUUUUUCUCACCCAAUGUUGAAAUCUACGAUUUCGAUACGAACUCAUGGAGUAUCGGUCCAUCAUUACCUGAUGUUAGGUCAAACGGAUUCGCUGUAAAUGGCUCAAUUAAAUAAAAAAACUCAAUUCAUUUCAUUUCA